AUGUGGCCUGACAGCCUUGGGCUUUGUCAUUGUUGCCUGGGCUUCUUCCAUGUUGGCCUGCAGUUCUGCAAGCCGGUUAAGCCCCGCCACAGCCAGCGCUUCUUUGGCUUCUUGAGCAGCUUUGAGACGCUUCUCAUCAGCUGCCUUUGCUUUGGGCAUCCGGUGUUUCUGUUGGGCAUCCAGCACAAUUUGACCAGGGACGACAAGCUUCUAGGUCAACCAAAUGGUGAUGAUGAUGAGGCAUUACAAGCUUCUCCUCCUCCCAACGUACACAUGGAAUUCUUUGGGCCUGGAAACUUGCUCUAUCGCAACUACCAUACAUUGUUGGAUGGUCGACCUUGUGAUAAACAUGGCCAUUUUCUCCCCAAGGAAUUCGAAACAGCCAAGUUUUUCUACAUAAAAAAUCAGAUGCCAGCAGGACAAAUUGACCAUCUUCUCGACCUGUGGGCGACAACACUUUUAAAGUCCGGCGGCAGCCCACCCUUUGCAGAUCACAAAGACCUCUAUGCGACAAUUGAUUCAAUCGCACUAGGCGACAUGAAGUGGGAGGGCUUCUCGUGCACAUACACAGGCGAGAAACCUGACAGCUACCCACCCUGGAUGGAUGGGACUUAUGAUGUCUGGUACCGAGAUCCUCAGGAGGUUGUUCUCAACAUGUUGGCGAAUCCGGCAUAUGCUAAUGAAAUGGAUUACCGGCCUUAUUGCGAGUACGCUACCAAUGGAGAUGAACAGCAGUUACGAGAUUUUAUGUCGGCUGAUUGGGCUUGGAAUCAGGCAGAUAUCAUUGCUGGAGACCCAGAAACAAUUGGCUCCACCUUUGUGCCCAUCAUCCUCGGAAGUGACAAGACGACGGUUUCUGUUGCAACAGGCAACAAUGAGUACUACCCACUUUAUCUUUCGAUCGGAAAUGUUCAUAACAAUGUUUGCCCUACAAAUAAACACACAGAUGACCCAAAGUUUCGCAAAUUCCAUCGCCAAUUAUUCCAUUCAUCACUGUCUAGGAUACUCGCAUCACUUCAGCCUGGGAUGUCAAAACCUGAAAUCAUGAAGUUUGGAGAUGGUCAUUUUUGGCGCGUAAUUUACAGACUGGGGCCAUACAUUUCCGAUUAUGAGGAGCAAGUUCUCCUUGCAUGCAUAGUCCGCUUCGUGACAAAAUAUUUAUGCAGCUCUCAUCAUGAUAAUCUCGAUGCUCCCUCAGUCCUUCGGUGCCACGAAUACCAUGAAGCCCUGUUUGAAGCGGGUACUUAUGGAGAACUGUGGACAGAGUUUGGAAUAGUCACUGAUUUAAUUCCUUUCACAAACAACUUCCCACACACCGACAUUCAUGAAACAAUGGCCCCAGACAUCCUACAUCAAGUUAUCAAAGGCGCGUUUAAGGACUAUCUUGUGGAUUGGGUGGAGAAAUACCUUGUGCUUACUCACAGGAGGACUGAAGCGGACCGUAUCUUAGAUGAUAUUGAUCACAGGAUUGUGACCAUUGCCUCAUUUUCUGGUCUGCGCCACUUUCCGCAAGGAUGUGGCUUCAAGCAAUGGACAGGGGAUGACUGCAAAGCCCUCAUGAAGGUUUACAUUCCCGUGAUUGAGGGUCACGUACUGACAGAUGUUGUUCACACAUUCCGUGCAUUGCUAGAGUUCUGCUACCUUGUACGUCAAAACACCAUCACAGAGCGCACCCUGGACGAAAUUCAAGAUGCCGUCUCUCGUUUCCAUCAAUACCGUGAGGUUUUCAAGACUUCUGGUGUCAUUCCAACGUUUUCACUGCCACAACAACACUCUCUUAUGCACUACACACAUGUUAUCCGGCUCUUUGGCACCCCCAAUGGACUUUGCUCAUCAAUUACCGAGAGCAAACACAUCAAGGCUGUGAAGGACCCGUGGAGGCAGUCAAGUAGAUACAAAGUGCUUGGUCAGAUGCUGGUCACAAACCAGCGUCUUAGUGAACUCGCCGCUGCGUGUGUUGAUUUUGAAAGCCAUGGAAUGUUGAAGGGUACCUGCCUUUCAGCCGAACUCAAGGCUCUCAGUAUGUCAGACAAUCCCAAUGUCCCUAAUGAUGAAGACCCCAAUGACCCCCCACCAAACCAAGCGAGUAAUCUUGAGGACAGCAACGACUUAACGAUUGACCAUGGCCCGACCAUUCUACAAGCACACACUCGACUCGCUCGAACAUUUAAUGCAGCAUCAUGCGCAGAAACAAAGCGUGCCCGCAAUGUAUUGGCUCUCGCUGACGAAUUGCACCUUCCAUCUCUCCCUGCCUUAAUCUGCCACUUUCUUUAUGAGCAAACACGCCCAGACAACACACUCAACAUGUAUGACAUCCCUCUUGCUGCCUGCCCCAGGUAUGAAGGAAAGAUAUCAGUCUUCAACUCCGUGUGCUCAAGAUUCUAUGUACCAAGUGACCUUUCCAGGAUUGGUGGCAUGCAAGUAGAACAUAUCCAUUCCUGCCCUAUGUGGCGGAACGAGUUUUCUCGUCAUGAUUGCGUAUUUGCAUUUUUUUCAUUCAAUUAUGCAGGAACAGUGUACCCAUGUGCCGUUGUGCACUGGUUCGAUGUCAUUGGGGGCUCACCUGACCCAGAGACGGGAAUGUGGGUGGUUCAGCCCAGCCUACAAUGCCAACCGUGCGCCUACACACACUAUCAUACAUGCAGGACACCAUCUACCAUGCUGCUCACCUCAUCCCUAUCUACUGGCAACCAAUUCGUUCAUCUCGACAUCACGUUGCACGUGUCCUAUGAUGCUUUUCGAGCUUAUCAUGUUAACAAGUAUGUUGAUCAUCACACAUUUGAAAUCGCAUCAUAA